AUGCAGUUCUCAUUUCCCUGCAAAAGAAAGCGCUGCUCUAACAAAAAUGUGAAUUUCACGCCUUUUCCGAGUUGCGUGGAUGGAGAACGCCAUCAGGGAAGAUUCACAGGCCUCUCGGUGGAGAUUAUAGAUCCAGACCAGGCCAAAUCGCUGUACGACAGCGGCUGUUUUGGCAAGGGAAGCAAAUCCCGCGGCGGACCGGCGUCUGGAGACGAGGAUGAAACGCUGCUCUUGGGCUUGGAGGAGUCCUGCUUCCUGGCCUACUACUUAAACACCCUAGAGAUAAGCGACUUGGCCGGCAGUUCCAUGGACUUCCAGGCGUUUAUAGAGGCGGCCCAGCAGCUAAAUGAAAGAUUUGUGGAGAGCCUGGCCUGCUACUUGUGUUUGAAGUCCAAAAAUUGGGUGAUCAAGAGUGGCAUCAAGUUUGGCGGUGAUUUUCUCAUUUACAAGCAAAGCCCUCGCUUGUACCACGCCAGCUUCUUAGUUAUAGUCCAAACUACCUGUGAUGCUGAUUACUAUCAAUCAAAGAACUUGAAGGGCGUUCAACGUGUGGCUGAAACUUCGGACAAGGAUGUGCUGCUGCUAACUGUCUACCCACCUAAGGACGUAGCCCAUCCCAGGGACUUGCAGGCGACCACAGUGACAGAGACAAUUGUGCGGCGUUUCAAUUACUUAACUUUUGUACAAAGCAAACAACAAUAAGGAACUCCAUGUGGCGAUGAUACUACAA